AUGUGCGGACUGAGUGUUGUAGUCAAACUGAGCGGCCCGUCCAGCAGUGGAAAGUCCGAUUCCAGGGGGGUUACCAUCUCGGAUCUCAAGUCGAAGCUCAUAGCAAGCCUGAAACUCAUUGAUCACCGUGGACCUGAUGCUCGAGAUGUAUGGAUCAACGCGGAGAACACAGUUGGCCUCGGACACUGCCGCUUGUCUAUUGUGGACUUGUCACCAGAAGGCGAGCAGCCGCUGCAUGAUGAUGAGGGGAAUAUACAUGCAGUAGUGAUGGGCGAGAUCUAUGACAAUGAUCGCCUUCGGAAACUUUGCUCAAAAGAAUUUGAAUACAAAUUUCGAGGGCACAGCGACUCAGAACUCGUUGUUGCGUUAUACAAGCAUUAUGGCGCACCCAAAUUUCUCGACUACCUGCGCGGAGAAUACGCAUUCGUUAUAUAUGACGAUCGCUCGGGUGAAGUGAUUGCUGCCAGAGACCGAUUUGGGGUGAAACCCCUUUUCUGGACCAUCGUCGACGGAAAGCUUUUGAUGGCCCCCGAGAUAAAGGCAUUCCUUCCGCUCGGGUGGCAGCCAGCCUGGAACAUCGACGGUAUCGUGCAAAACUCGUGUUUUGUUGGUGGCGAGACUAUUUUUCAAGGUGUCAACAGGCUCCAACCUGGCCAUUACUUGACGGUGUUCUCAAAUGGAUAUAUCUCAGAGCGUGAAUACUGGGACUUGAAGUACCAAGACAAGCGACAUGUGGAAACACGAUCAAUCGACGAACUAGUAGCAGAAGUCAGAGAGCAGAUCAUCGAGGCUGUGCGAGUACGGCUUCGUGCUGAUGUGCCCGUUGGAAUAUACCUUUCCGGCGGGCUUGACUCAUCGACAGUUGCGGGAAUUACAAAAUAUCUUGUCGAAGAAAGGGGCGAAAAGAGAACUGCAGACUAUCUUGGUGUUGACUUUCAUGUCAAAGACAUGAAUGAAGCUGAGCUGGCAAAACACUUCGAGGACUGCGUUUGGCAUAAUGAGCAUCACGCAUUCGAUUUGGGCACCGUUGGCAAGUUUGCACUGUCCGAAUUGCCACGAAGCAACGGCUUCAAAGUUAUACUCAGCGGCGAGGGCGCGGACGAGCUCUUCGCCGGAUACCCCUGGUUUAUUUCUGAGUUCCUGCUUGAGCCAGAUCGUUCAAGUCCCAAUUUAGUUCUGCAAACCGACGACGUGCUACGCCAAAAGCUGUAUCAGAGAUCGAUCAAUGAUAUUUUGGCCACCUUCAACAUUAUAGGGUCAAGCAAUUUAAACUGCCUAGAUAUCGACCCUGAGCUGAAGGCGCGGAUGAACAAUCUAUUCGCCCCUUUCAAUUUCGCCAAUCGAGCCCAUACGGGUCAAGACCUAUUUCUGCCGAGCUUGCAAGACAGAUUCAGUCCUAUGGAUAAACUUCGCGCCGUCAUCGAUGCAUGGUCCCCAUCGGCCCAGGAGGACAUAAUGAACAGGUGGCAUCCACUCAACUCGGCCAUGUACGCCUGGAGCAAGAGUCAGCUCCCGAAUUUUAUCCUUACGGCCCUUGGAGACCGCUGCGAGAUGGCACAUAGCAUUGAGGGCCGGCCCCCUUUCCUGGACCACAACCUGGCGGAGCUGAUGGGAACCAUACCUCCAUCGUUAAAGAUGCAUUACGGAUCAAAAGGUAAGGGGCCCGACUCCGGCACCAGCGCGUGGUGGAGCAAGGAUGGGGAUCAGGCAGCCAGCCAUUUCUGGGAGAAAUGGAUUCUGAGGGAAGCUGCUAGGCCAUUCAUAACCGAGGAGCUGUACCUGCGCCGGAAGCAUCCUUACACGGCUCCGGUCGUAUGGCCAAAAGGUGGCCCGCUGCAUCAACUUUUCACCCGCCUAUUGACAGAAGAGAACGUUGAUGCGCUCGGGUUUGUUCAUUGGCCGACAGUUGAGGAUUCCUUGGAGAAAGGAUUUGGAGAGAAUGCAGAUCCAGGGGCGCUCAGAAAAUGUCUGAUCGUUGGCGGAUGGGUGACCAUGAAAGAGCGUUUCGGAAUCCCUCGGGCCCAAGUUGGCAAAGGAGCAAUGCUUUGA